UAGACUCCGCCCACUCCCGAAGCCCGGCCCUGGGCGCGGGAUGGAGACUGGGUGCUGGUGGCUGGGGGGUGAGUUCGAGGACUCCGUGUUCGAAGAGAGGCGGGAGCGGCGGCCUGGACCGCCGGCGUCCUAUCGCGCCAAACACUGCGAGCCGCAGUGGUUUUAUGAAGAAACGGAGAGCAGCGAUGAUGUCGAAGCCCUAACCCUGAAGAAAUUCAAAGGGGACCUCGCCUACAGACGACAGGAGUAUCAGAAAGCACUGCUAGAGUACUCCAGCAUCUCGGAAAAACUGCCGUCUACAAAUUUCGCCCUGAAAAGGGACGUCCAGGAAGGCCGGGCGCGGUGUCUGGUGCGCCUGGGAAGGGCCGCCGAGGCGCUGGAGGUCGCCGCCAACUUGGAAAAUAAAGCAACUAAUACAGACCAUCUAACCACUGUGCUCCAGCUCCAGUAUGCUAUUUGUUCAAGUCUGCAGAACUUGGAGAAAACAAUUCUCUGCCUACAGAAACUGAUUUCUUUGCAUCCUUUCGAUCCUUGGAACUGGGGCAAAUUGGCAGAGGCUUACCUGAGUCUGGGGCCAGCUCCAUCGGCAUCGUGUGCGUCAUCUCAAAAACAGACUCGUUCUACCUUCAGUGACAAGUCCAUCCAAUCUGCCUUUACACACCCGGGAAAAGACUGCUUUUUGUGUUUUCCUGAAACGUUGCCCGAGAACCCUGUGUUUUCUGUGGAAGCAAGCGGCAGUACUGAGCAGAAGAAUGAGAGCGCUCUGGGAAGUGUUCAGAGCUGUGUGGCAGGCAGAGAGGCCGUCUUGCUGGAGGCCCGGGUGAAAGCGUGUGCCUCCCUUAUACGAACCAGGCUUUUGCUGCAGCUCACCCAGUCUCAGCAAACCUCGUUUGCUUUGGAGAAGAACUUAAGGACUCAGCAGGAAAUUGAAGAUAAAAUGAAAGAGUUCGGCUUCAAAGAAGACACUUUGCUGUUGAUAGCUGAGGUUAUGGGAGAAGAUAUCGUCUCAGAAAAAAUAAAAGACGAGGUUCACACAGAGGUGAAGUGUGCUGGCCCUACAGCCCUGGCUGCCUUGGUGAUUGCAUCUUCGAAGGAAUUUGAAGAGAAAUGGUUCAGAAAGAUCAAAGACCACUUCUGUCCCUGUGGAAACCGGUUCCAGACAGAGAUACAAAUGUUGGCAUAGUGGACCCUUUAAAAACAAACAAAAAAACAUCCUGUCCUAUUUUAAUUGCUCUUGUUUAUUUCAGACAGACUGCACUGCUAAUCAUUGACUAUAAUGAAUUUGAAAUAAUUAUUUAUGUUUUAUAAAAAUGGCUUCUCUUCCAGAUUA